CAGGACUUUCCACAGAGCCUGCAACCUGGUCAGAGAGGAAGAUUUAUCUGUGCACCCCUUCUCCGAGGAUGAACAGUUUUCACACUACAAAGUCUUGUGUGCUCAUCCUGCUUGUGGCCCUAUUGUGUGCACUUAGAGCUCAGGGGCUCAAGUGCUACAAUUGCCUUGGGGUCCCACUUGACACUUCAUGCUCAUCAAUGACCUGCCCCUACUCUGAUGGAUUCUGUGUGACUCAGGUGGCAGAAGUUACUGUGGGCUCUUACAAAAGCAAAGCGAAGAAUAAUAUGUGUUCUCCCAUCUGCCCUACUAAUCUUCAAAAUGUCGAGAUCCUGGGUACUGUUGCAAAUGUGACUUCUUUCUGUUGCACGAAAGACCUUUGCAACGCAGCAGUUCCCACUGGAGGCAGCAUCUGGACCAUGGCAGGGGUGCUUCUGUUCAGCCUGGGCUCAGUCCUCCUGCAGACCUUGCUGUGAUGGACCUUCCACCGACCCCCACCCGUGUCCUUUUAUCCUCACGUGUAAUCUUUCCUUCCUGGAGAUUUCUAAUGAUGAUGAGGUGUGGGUGUUCACCUUAUGGAACACCUUGUCUCAACUUUAUAGACCCUUUAUCGCUCUGGAGGUUCCCCACAUCUCUCUAGGGCUUUCAGAUCUGUACUUCCUGGAAUGCCAUUUUGUUGUGUUGCUACUCUUGGCCCUGGAGGCCUGUGGACAACACAGGGAAGAGUCAGAGUUCCCAGAUAUUAUGCCAUCCCUGUCCAUACAUAAACAUCUGGGUCCUGCAGGGUUCCCACAUGUGCAGAUCAGUGUCCCCCUGUUGAGUCCAAUAAACCUUAUGUUCUCCCAG